CCAAGGGAUCCCAGACUACUAUGACCUCCAUGACCAACUCAGCCUGCCAAACCCUUAAGAAGCCAGCCGUUAUACGAACCACCAGGGGAACCCAGACUGCUGUGGCACACAUAACUCCCUCUGCCUCCCAGACAAAAGAACAAGCCAAGUCCAAGACCGAAUUAUCGAAGCUGUUCUCCAAGCCACCAACCACAAAAGGAGAAGGAUCCGGGAUUAAGCUAGUUGUUACCAAGGAGACCCUUGCUGAUGUGAUCGCCAGAAUGUGGCCAACAGGAGAGCAGUAUCUCCCUUUCGACUACAGUCUCAAGAAAAAAUGACAUUGUUUUACUUACAAAAGGACUAUUUUACUUUUGGAUUUAUAUGAACUUCUACACGAACAUGUAACAUAGUCAUUAUACAUAUACAACAUACAACUUUCAAUUAAUCAAUGUUUGGGACAAACAUAAAUUUAAGGGGGGAUAUUGUAAAAAUCCAGGAUUUUUAACUCAGAAAUUA